UCCAAACAAACCGCUCGGGCCGAAUUUGCGCGGAGAAACAUGGCCCGCCCCAGCCGGCCAUGCGCGUGAGUCGCGAGGAUGAUGGGAGCAGGCGGAACCGGCCCGGGCCUGCCGGGCUUGCCGGGCCUGCCGGGCCUGCCGGGCUUGCCACCCUUGCCCGUUCUGCCCGGCAUGGCGCUCUUGCCUGGAGGACUGGCGCUGCCGACGGCGCCAUGCGCCAUGCCAGGUCACGUGCCAGUGGCGGCAGCGCUGCUGCCUGGUCAAGAGGUGUUGAACUUCCAGCUCCUGCAAGCUGGCGCGCCGCUGACGCAUGACCCCUACGAGGAUGGCUCCCAGGAAGUGCAUGCCAAGAUCAAGGCGCUGCAGUCCCGGUUCAAGCUGGAUGAACGCCUCGUGAGGGACCUGGACGUGCAGAUGAAGCGCCGUGCUGCGGCCUUCGACACCUUCGAGGAGGAUCUCCUGGAGCUCCGGGAGUUGCUGGCCGGCGCCAGGAAUCCUGCUGGCUUGCUGAGGAUCAAGAUCCGGGAGAUGGAAGAAGGCAAGUACCGUGGGACUUUGACGCCAGACCGCGACGUGGAAGAAUUGGCCAAGAAGUUCAACCUGGACGCUCAGGCUGCUGCCAAGCUGGCGGAGGUGCUGUCGAAGCGGGAGGAUCGCAAGAAGGACCUGAGGCAGCUCCAGAAACAUUUGGAGCUGUCCAACCGGCCGUCGUCUCUGGUGAUGCUCAUGCUGAAAGACAUGCGAUCUGGACACCCAAUCAGAGAUCCAGGGUACCCACCUGCUGUAGGGAGCCUGGCCCACAAGAGGGGCAUGAAGGGCAACAGGAGAAGCCGCAGCCGGAAGCGGCGCAGGUCGAGCAGCAGCAGCCCACCGGUGCUGCGGAGUCCCAUUCGCUCCAACGGUGCCGGACCAGAUCCAAAGAAGGUUGCGCCUGGCAGAAACCCCCGGCCGCAGACUCUGCUUGAGCGCUUCGGCUGACACUCCAAGCCUGAGCGCUUGCGCCACGGUAGUUGGACUGCUUGAACUGUUGCA